CUCGAAUGCAGUGUAUACACCAACACGUAAUAUAUUUAACUUACUUCCACGGCUUUCGUUCUUUUUAACAAUAUGUAAGGAUUUUUGUAAAAUCCACGUGCGUUAUUUUUGUACAAUCAAUAAAAGUAAACUUUUCAUGAGAUGUCUACAAUAAAUUUAGAAAAUUUUCACAAAAGGGCAGCUGCAGCGGAAGAAGAAAUAGCUUUUUUAAAGAAAGAAAUUGAAUUUUUGCGACAGAAUAUUAUAACUAAUAAUUCUAAAGGGAACUCUGUACCUAAAGAUGAAUACAUAAAAUUAGAACAAGAAAAUAUAAAAUUAAGACACAGAGUAGCUAUCCUAAAACGGACUAUUGAAGCUGAGCGAAUAAAGUCACAAAGCAAGAUACAGAUGACAGAAAAUAAUGUUAUCAGUAUAUAUGAUACAUUAUUUAAUUUAUUCAAGAAAGCAAUUUCAGUUGCAUAUCCAGAUAUUUGUGAACCUCCAGUACUUAUAACAUCAAGUAACAAUCCAAAAUUUGGUGAUUAUCAAUGUAACAGUGCUAUGCCACUAUAUAAACAACUAAAUAAUAAUGGUAUUCAAUCAACGCCAAGGGAUGUUGCAAACAAUAUUACGUCAAAAGUAGAAGAAUCAAAUAUAGUUUCUAAGUUGGAAGUUGCUGAUGCAGGCUUUAUAAAUAUAUAUUUGCAAAAAGAAUAUGCACAAGCAACCUUAAGCACUUUAGUAAAAAGUGGAAAAGCAUUUCCUCCAUAUACAAAAAAACAAAGAGUGAUUGUAGAUUUUUCUAGCCCUAACAUUGCUAAAGAAAUGCAUGUUGGACAUUUAAGGUCUACUAUAAUUGGAGACAGUAUUUCAAGAUUAUUAGAGUUUUUAGGGCAUGAUGUAUUAAGAUUAAAUCAUAUUGGUGAUUGGGGUACUCAAUUUGGAAUGUUAAUAGCUCAUCUUCAAGAUAAAUUCCCUGACUAUUUAACAGUAUCUCCAUCCAUUACAGACCUUCAAAGCUUUUACAAGGAAUCAAAGGCAAGAUUUGAUGAAGAUAUAGAAUUUAAAAAACGUGCUUACAGCUGUGUUGUUAAUCUACAAAAAUUUGAUCCAGCAAUGACUAAAGCAUGGCAACUGAUUUGUGAUGUUUCUAGAGAAGAAUUCAAGAAGGUGUAUGUUCAACUAGAUAUUAAUAUAAUAGAAAGAGGAGAAUCUUUUUAUCAAAAACAUAUGGAAGAGUUAGUUAAAGAUUUAGAAGCAAGAGGACUAUUAGAAGAAGACGAAGGACGUAAAGUAAUGUGGAGUAAACGCGAUGGUAUGAUACCUCUAACCAUUGUAAAAUCUGAUGGUGGUUUUACUUACGAUACAUCAGACUUAGCAGCUAUUAAACAACGUAUAGAAGAAGAAAAAGCAGAUUGGAUAAUAUAUGUAACAGAUGCUGGUCAAUCUAUGCAUUUUCAAGUAUUAAAAAGUUGCGCUGAACGAGCCGGAAUUGUAAAAAGUUGUCAUAAAGUGGACCAUGUUGGUUUUGGUGUGGUUCUUGGUAACGAUAAAAAGAAAUUUAAAACUAGAUCUGGUGAAACGGUGCAAUUAAGAGAUUUACUUCAUGAAGGUUUAAAAAGAGCACUACAAAAAUUGAAAGAAAAAGAACGUGACAAAGUACUAACGGAAGAAGAGUUGAAAAUUGCUCAAGAAUCUAUUGCUUAUGGAUGCAUAAAAUAUGCAGACUUAUCGCAUAAUAGAAAUCACGAAUAUGUGUUUUCCUUUGACAAAAUGUUGAAAGAUAAAGGCAACACUGCUGUAUACCUAUUAUAUGCCUUAACAAGAAUACGUUCUAUUGCAAGAGCAGCUAAUAUCUCGCAAGAAAAAUUGCAAGAAGUGUCACAGAAUACACCAAUAUCAUUAGAACAUGAAAAAGAGUGGAAGUUAGCAAAAGUAUUAAUUAAAUUUCCCGAUAUAUUGAUUAAAAUUGCAAAUGAUUUGUAUUUACAUCAGUUAUGCGAGUAUUGUUACGAAAUCUCAUGCACUUUUUCCGAAUUCUAUGAUAACUGUUAUUGCGUUGAAAAAAACGAACUAGGAGAAGUAGUGAACAUAAAUUUUGGACGCAUUUUAUUAACUGAAGCUACUGCAAUUAUAAUGGAAAAAUGUUUUUGGAUACUAGGCUUAAAACCAGUUGCGCGUAUGUAA